UCUUGUUACAUUUUUGCUCAUUUUCAGUCGUUCAUACGAGGUGGUCGGUGCACUUCACACCCUCAAAACAAACAAAAAUGUCCAAAAAGUCCUAAGUAGGAUACAUUAUCCACAAAAUUCCCGUAAUAUAGUUUGCAAAAACGGAGUUAUCGAAGAUUAUAGGAAUAACCAUUUAAUAGUACGUGGGACUGAAACGGGGUUGGGUGGGGUUUCUUAUUUUCUGGUAUCCAAAUCCAGAAAAUUCAAACUUUCAUUGAAGCCUCCACGAAAAUUCAAUUCAGAAUUCAUAAUUCAUAACCACCAUAGAACAGAAGUGAAUGAUUCAAAUAGUUAUUCGUAUAAUCUAAUUCAACAUCGUUACAAAGAGAAAACAUCCAAAUCGCAUCAAUUUCUUGGUUCCCCCAGAUUGUUUUCUGAAUCUUGUUGUUGCUGUUGAUUUGGAACAGUAAUCAUUGUUAAGACUAGAGACAAAGUUUGGAGGAAAAAUUCAUGUCUGUUGAAUUUUGAGGUUUUUCUUUUUUCGGUGUGAGGAAAAAAAAUGAAUGUGGUAGGGAGAGUUGGAAGUUUGAUAAGCCAAGGUGUGUACUCAGUUGCUACUCCUUUUCACCCCUUUGGUGGUGCUGUUGAUGUGAUUGUUGUUCAGCAACAAGAUGGUACAUUUAGAAGCACACCUUGGUAUGUUAGGUUUGGUAAAUUCCAAGGUGUUCUCAAAGGUGCUGAAAAGGUUGUUAGAAUAAGUGUUAAUGGUGUUGAGUCUGACUUCCAUAUGUAUCUUGACAAUUCUGGGGAGGCUUAUUUUGUGAAGGAGGUGGAUGAGGAGAAAGGGAUUAAUCUUGAUCAAGAUUCUGAUAACAAAACUGGUAAUUUUUUGAGUAAUGGUCAUGUACUUGAUCAUAGUAUCUCGGAUUCUGGGGUGCUUCGGUUGAAAGAUAAGGUUGAUUCAUCCGUUGUGCCUCGGAUUCAAAGGACGGAAUCCGAUGGGAGAUAUUAUGACUUCCAUGAUUCUUUUGACAGUUCGGUUGAUUUAUCAGAUUACGGGUCUAACUCGUAUGAGACUCUAGAGGGUGAAAAUUCCGUGGACUCAAAGGGUCCUCACCCUGAGAUGGUUUUAGUGAGUGUCGAUGGUCAUAUAUUGACGGCUCCUAUCUCAGAAUCAGAGCAGACUGAGGAAAAUGUCCAGUUGAGAAAUCCUCAAUUUCAUCUUGGCCCGGCUGAGGAGACUGACAUAUGUGAAGGAAAUGAAGAGUUUAGUUCCGGCGAAACUGCUUGGGCUGCUGAUUAUAUUACCAAGCUGGAUGUUUCAACAGAUGAUGUCCAAUCCAUUCGACGUGACACUAAUGGUAACGGUAACACCUCCAUGGCCUCGCUUGAAGUUCGUCAAAGAGAGGAGGUGAGUAUUUGUCAAUCACAACAAACUCUGGAGGUCGAAAUUCAAGAUCUUCAUACGAUAACUGAUUCAGAAGGUGUGGUUGCAUCUGGUCUCAAGAGGGAGAGUGUCUUCAAAAGCUGUUUGGAACUACAGGAUCUUGUGCAGCAGUUCGAAAGCCCUGACUUGCAAGGUUCUAGGUCAUUAUUGGAGGUUAAAAAUUCAUCUGGUGAAUCUAAUGCAAGUUCUCCUGUAGUUGAUGAAAAUGAACAAGAGAUAGUUAUACAAUCUGAUGCAAGUUCUUCUGUAGUUGAUGAAAACAAACAAGAGAGCGUUGAAAAAUCUCAAAAUAUUAACGGAUUAUCCUCCACAACUAGUCCUACUUCUUCUGGUGGUCAUAAAUCUCCAAAGUCGGAAUCGGGACUUCAAGAUCAAGAGGUUGAAAAGGAUGCAUCAGGAGAAGUUGAAACUGCUUCCACCUCUCCUUCUGUCAUUGAUGAUACUGAAAGGAAUAACGAACAAGUUCCCAUGUCGGUAUCGAAUGGCGGGGAAGAUGAUAGUCGUCAAACCACUUCACUCGAAAAUAUUAGUAAUAGUGCAAGUGAGGUGGUGGAACCUCAAACCGAAACUUCAAGUAAAGGUCACCGAAUCCAUUCCGGUUUGGGAUUUGAGAUUUCUCUCUGUGGUCAUGAACUUAAGGCGGGUAUGGGUUUGGAAGCUGCUGCUGGAGUGUUUGAAGCGCAUCGAAUAUCGGAAGAGUAUUUUGCAAAUUCUGCACCGUCAAUAAUCAAAAAUCAAAAUCUUGUUAUCAAGUUUAAAGAGAUGUACUUGACGUGGGAAAAGGCCGCUCCUCUUGUUCUUGGAACGGCUGUAUUUGGUUCAAAUUUACCUGUUGAGCAGAAAGAUGCAAUUCCUGUGGAACAAGAUCAACAAUCACCUACAUCUGGACGUAGAUGGAGACUUUGGCCUAUUCCUUUUCGAAGGGUCAAGACACUUGAGCACAAUUAUAGCAAUGCAUCAAAUGAGGAGGUAUUUCUAGAUUCCGAGUCCGGGGCCCUUGUAGAACCAACUCCAACAUCGAGCUCCGAGGGUUCUCCUCGUAAGCAAUUUGUAAGGACAAAUGUUCCCACCAAUGAACAGAUAGCAUCGUUGAAUCUUAAAGACGGUCAAAAUACAGUAACCUUCAGUUUCUCUACAAGGGUUCUGGGAACACAACAGGUUGAUGCUCAUAUAUACUUAUGGAAGUGGAAUGCAAGAAUUGUAAUUUCAGAUGUUGAUGGAACUAUUACAAAGUCUGAUGUUUUAGGACAGUUCAUGCCUUUGGUUGGCAAAGAUUGGACACAAUCUGGAGUGGCAAGGCUUUUCUCUGCCAUUAAGGAAAACGGAUACCAGCUGCUGUUUCUGAGUGCUCGCGCAAUUGUCCAGGCAUAUCUAACGAGGAACUUCCUACUUAACCUGAAACAGGAUGGAAAAACCUUACCUAAUGGACCUGUUGUUAUUUCUCCUGAUGGAUUAUUUCCUUCACUUUUCCGAGAAGUGAUAAGAAGAGCACCUCAUGAAUUCAAGAUUGCUUGUCUAGAGGAUAUCAAAAGACUUUUCCCUUCUGAUUAUAAUCCAUUCUAUGCGGGGUUUGGCAAUAGAGACACAGAUGAGCUUAGUUACAGGAAGAUUGGAAUCCCAAAGGGCAAAAUAUUCAUUAUUAACCCUAAGGGUGAGGUGGCUAUUAGUCAACGUAUUGGUGCAAAGUCAUAUACAUCGUUACAUACCCUCGUCAAUGACAUGUUUCCGCCUACUUCUUUGGUCGAGCAGGAGGAUUACAAUGCAUGGAAUUAUUGGAGAAUGCCAUUGCCAGAUGUUGACUAAUUUUUCGGUUUAAGUUAUUCCCUUCCCUUUGAUAAGGAUCCGUUGGUGCGGAACAAUUCACCACGUCCACCAAAAAGCCAGACAAAUCGACCAAUUUGACGCAUUUAUGUGCCAUAACUGAGCAAAGAGUACAUUCUAUCCCAGAAAUCAUUGAUGAUUGGGCAUGUAAGUUAUCCAAGGACAUAAUUCAUUAUGAAGGCAAUGCCCAUGUUUUACUUCUUUUUUGAUCUGCAUUAAAUCUUGAUUCAUUUCUACUCAUCAACAGAGUUGAAUAACAUUCGGCUUACAUGGUAACUGCCACAUCUUGUAUAUUUUUUCAUUGGGUUAUUAUGAAACAACGGCAUACAUGCUUAUCAAAACAACUAUCUUUUCUCUCUAAUUCUAAUUCUAAUUCUAGUUCUGUGUCAGUGGUUGUGGUUGUGGUCACCAAGCAUUAGAGUUUGUGUUUUCAUGCCAUGAUUUGCAAUACUGUUAAGUCUUAGUCUUAACUCGGUGAUUAUGAUUAUUUUAGGGUGUGUUUAAAUUGUAGAUUCUGAAAAUAUGUCACCCUAGGCAUUGUAAUAUUAGUAUGGAUUACUCAAUUAGCUUAAUGAUUUGUUUGGCUUCUGUUUUUCA